AUGAUGAGCGGUCUUGCUGGGUCAAUGAUGUCUGGUAUGGCUACUGGUGCUGGCUUCUCGAUGGCUAACAGGGCGGUUGAUGCGGUCAUGGGACCAAGACAGACUGAGGUCGUCCACAGGCAUGAGGGAGAGCCGACCUCACCACCACCACCACAAGCAGCACCACAGCAACAACAACAAGUCAGUCAGAGCUCUGGUAAUGUGUGCCAAGUCCAGCAGGACCAGCUCAACCAGUGUAUGGACCAGGCUGUGGAGGCUUCCCAGUGCCAAUACUAUUUGGACGCCCUAAAGGCUUGCCGCCAGACGGUUUAG